AUGACGUCGGUCGGUCCCGUGAACGCGUUUCGCGCGUCGUCGCGGCCGGCGCCGACGCACUGCGCCCCUCGCGCGCGCGUCGCGAUGUCCGACGACGCGGACGUCCCGAUGGCGGACGCGGUGGACACCGCGGACGCGAACCCUGGGGCGAAGCGCGGACGCGAGCGCGCGCCCGAGGACGACGAGACCGCGCGCGCGACGUCGCCGUCGCCGUCGCCGUCGCCGUCGCCGUCGACGUCGACCGCCGCGAUCGCGCAGACGUGCGAGUGCGUCCUCUGCUUGGAGCUGUUCUGCGACCCGGUCACGACGCCGUGCGGGCACACGUUCUGCCGCCGCUGCCUCGCGAGGGCGCUCGACCACAGCGACGACCCGAGGUGCCCGACCUGCAGGAGCGUCGUGCUCGUCUCGAGCGCGGCGAAGACGCCCGUGAACGUCACGCUGCGCGCUCUCGUGUCGCAGCUCUUCCCGGAGCGGGCGCGCGCGCGGCGCGAAGCCGAGGAAGCCGAGCUGCUCGCCGGGUCCGCGGAGACGAACGGCGACGCGCUCGAGGGGAACAUCCCUCUGUUCGUCAUGUCGGACGUGAUGCCGUUCGACAGGUUCGGUCUGAACAUCUUCGAGCCGCGGUACAGGCUCCUGAUUCGUCGCGCGAUGGAGAGCGGAUCGCGGCGAUUCGGGAUGAAGCAUCCGGACUCGGCGCACGCGUGCGAGGUGAAGAUCCUGCGGUGCGACCCGCAGCCGGACGGGCGGUUCCACAUCAUCGUCGAGGGCAGGAGGCGGUGCGAGGUUCUUUCGGAACGGAUACAGGACGGGUACGUCAUGGCGCGCGCGCGGUUCUUCGAGAACGACGCCGACGACGCGUUCACGACGUCCCCGAGCGGGGACCUCCAAGGGAGCGCUGAUGAAGUGAGGCACGUCGUCGAGACGCUCACACAGCGCUGGAGGGACAAGUUGGCGACGUGCACAGAGGAAGCGAUGCUUAGAUACCGCAGUGGGUCAUCGGACGAGGAGAUAAGCUCAGACAUGACGGUGAUCUCGGUACACCGGGGCACUUGCACGGUCCUGGAUGCGGUCGAGAAGAUCGCGCGCGAGCACGACUGGAAGCCGGGGCCGGGGGUGGCCUUCCUCCUCGGCGUCGUCGUUCGCAUAUGGCGAAGGAUAAUGGAUCGGAUGCGUCGUGGCGGGGGCACGGUCUCGGCUAUUCAAUCAUGUGAACCGCUCUUGUUCCGUGAAUUCCAACUGUUCCACGAUAAAGCGAUGGGUCUCCACUCCACCGCGAGCGCGAACGAGAUCUCGUGGUGGGUCGUCGCCGCGUGUAACGAGACAACAAUGACGAGAGGCGCAGCCAAGGUCCCGAUGGAUUCAUCCUCGCCCGUGGAGCGGUUAGCCUUCGGCGCUGCGGUUCUGUACGGCUUCGCGAGGACGAUAGAGAUGCUCCUGUAUGAAAUGUCGCCGGAGUCGUGCGGGAAGUAUCCGGGCGAGGUCCUGUUCACGGAGGCACAGGCCGCGGAGACCAACGCCCUUCUCGCGGAUGAGGGCGAGGGCUACGCCUUCGUCUGCGUCGACCAAAACUCCGCCGUUACCGACCCGACGAAGUCGUGGGAUUUAUGGCCACACACCGGGUGUUUUUGCUUGCGAAACGAGGCGUGCGCAUAUCACGGCGAGCUCUGCGUGUCGCAGUGGGGGACCAUCGACGGCAGCGACGCUUUCGGUCAGAGGUUUGUGUCGGCGAUCAAUUCGGUUUGAGCGCGGGAUCGCAUCGCAGUGUCGAUGUCGCCGAGGGUGCGGUGUAGUGCUCAGUAGUUUUUCUUUAGCAGUGAGUGGACGAGGCUCUCAGAAGUGCUUUUUUCUUCAUCACUCUUGUUC